GCCUUGGUCAAGCCACACCCUCAACGGCCCAGAGGACGUGUGGAAGUGCAGUGGUUACGGCAUGCGCCUGGCUUCCGCACCGUCUUCGUUCUUUGCGAGCCCGGACUACUACGAGAGGCUGGGCCACCUCCAACGUGGGCUGCGGGAGAGUGAAAAGAAGAGAUUGGACCUGGAAAAGAAACUUUAUGAGUAUAGUCAGUCUGAUAUAUGCAGAGUUAAGUUGAAGUAUGUAAAGCUAAAGAAAUACCUCAAGGAAAUAUGUGAGUCAGAAAAGAAGGCUCAUACUCGAAACAAAGAAUAUUUAAAGCAGUUGGAGUGUAUCCAAGCUCAUGUUGGACACUUUACCACAAAUACAGAGAAGCUUCAAGAACUGAAGAUUGAGUAUGAGACUCAAAUUAAGGAGAUGCAGCUACUCUCAAAAGAUUCCAAAGAAAACCUGUCUCAGGAAGAUAGGGAAAUAGUGGCAGUGCAGGCAGGAAUUAACUCAGGGACAGCUGUGUCAAGAGGAUUGUAUCAAUCAACAACAACUAUGGGCCACCAAAUGUCAGCCAUCUCAAGCAUUGGAGAUUUUAGUACAGUGCAGAAAUCUCCCCAAGCCACAAAGAACUUUUCAAUUCCUGACCCACAUUCAUACCAACAGACAGCCCAGAACAGUAACGUGACAGACAGCUAUGUAGUACAAACUAAUAGUGACACACAGUGCUUAAAUAAGUCUGACAAAAUAGAUGGAAAGACAUCUCUUCAGACUGGUGAGAAAAUGCUAAUCACAGCCAGCUCAUUGUCUGAGGAGGAAGAAACUUAUUGCUUGGAGAUAAGAAGCAACACAUGUCAUGGCAAGAGUAAUUUAUCUGAAGGCAAAAAGUCCGCUGAACUCCAUUCCUCGUUACAGGAAAGAUUAAGUCCAGAGAACAGAACCACUGAUUUAAAGUGUGACAGUUCCAGCCGAUCAGAGGGAUCAGAGGGAGAAAUACUGACACGAGAAUAUACUGAAGUCAAGGAAGAAAGAGCCAGACUGCCCGUCUCUCCGAUCUCAGUCUUAGAACACUGUGCAUCUGGAAAUAAGUGUUCUCAAGAGAAGCAUUCUGCUGGGGAAGGUUUCUCAGAUCAUUGUCUUCAUGGGGACCCAGAAUCACAGAAGCCCUUCAGAAAAGUACAGGAAGAGCAGGAGGAGGAAAGUUUGAGGAGCAGCAGUGACCUCACAGUUUCUGAAAGUGAAGAUGAUCUGAUUUUAAAGAGUCCAGAACCACAACAAAAUCCAGAUGACAUGAUGGAGGGAGAAGAUGGAAUAGAGGCCUUAAAAUUAAUCCACUCUGAGCAAGAAAGAGAUGCCCCAUCCACUGCAAAACAUAAUUGUAUUAUGCAAACCCUAAGUUCUCCUAAUUCAAAAAAGGAAUCCUCUACUAACUCACCAACAAGAGAGCUCUAUAAUCAUAGUGACAUUCUGAAAGGAGACCUUGAAGAUUGCAGACCAGCUGUCCUUCACCAGCUUCUGAGACUCUCGCCUGGGGGUGGCACUGAUGAAAAGCAAGUCAGAUCUGAACAAGCAUGUGCCUCGGGCUUAUUAAGGGCACAAUUAGGUCAGCAUGUUUCCACCUUGAAAGAACAUGAUAAUUCUGUCAAAGAAGAAAUAGGUAAACUGUCUGAAGUUUUCCUAGUCAAAAACGUGGACCAGGGGACAAAGGCACCAUUAUUAUUGAAAAGAGCCCCUACAGAAGAGUGUGAGGAUAGGUCGGCUUUUCACAGUAAUGAAUUAUCUUGUAGCUUGCCAUCUAUUCUGAAUGACAAUACUGGAAUAAAGGAAGCAAGACCUGCUCUUUGGUCCAACAGAGUUCUUACAAGGGAACAAGAAGUUCCAAGUGGCUGCAGAGACGAGAGCAAGGAAGAAAGCAUGGUAGUGAAGAUUCCAAUCAUGGAAACAAAAGGCUACCAGUUGCUGAAGCAGUCUGCCCUUGAAUAUAAUACCAAUCAAACUGAAGACAGAUUCCAAAAGGAUGCCUCUGCCUCACAACUGUCAGGUUUGAACAUUGGUAGCGGUACAUUGAAGAUAAAGACAACUAACAAAAUUAUUUCAGAAGCUAGUUUUUCAUCUAGCGAAGGAAGUCCUUUGUCAAGGCAUGAAAACAAAAAGAAACUAACUACCAACUUAAAAUCUAAAGCCUUCUGUAGUGAGUCUGAUAACAGUAACUCAGAAAUUGAAGCUGCUCUAUGUCCUAGAAACCAUAGCACAUCCACUGAUGAUUUUGAUGAUUUUUAUGACUGA